UCCCUCAUCGGCGUUGCGCUCUCGGCUACUGCUGCAAAGGCUGCCGUGUUUCCCGGGGAAGGAGUUCCUUGUAACGCACCCUCUGUGCUCUUUGCCCCACACGCUUCCCGAGCUUUGUGGAGCUCGAAGGCCGGGAGGGAGCCUGCUUUGGUCUUCCCGGGUCAUGAACCCCUCACUCCGACCCCAUAGCCCGGCGCCGGAUGGACCAGCCGCUUGCAAGCGCCCUGGAUGCCUAUCAGCCUGCCCUGCCUGCGCGACCCGCCUGCCUUUACACCAGCUGCUACUGUGAGGAAAAUGUUUGGAAGCUCUGCGAAUACAUUCAAAGCCAGGAUCAAUACCCUUUGGAAGAAUUUUAUGCUGUUUUCAUUUCCAAUGACAGAAGGAUGGUACCACUCUGGAAGCAAAAGUCAAGAGGUGGAAAUCAGCCAGUGAUCUGGGAUUACCAUGUUAUUUUACUUCACGUUUCAAGUGCGAACCAGAACUUUAUUUAUGACCUCGACACAGUGCUACCUUUCCCAUGCCCUUUUGACACUUACGUUGAAGAGGCCUUUAAAUCUGAUGAUAUUCUCGAGCCAGGAUUUCGAAGAAAAGUCAGAGUGGUUCGAGCAGAUUUGUAUAUGAAGACUUUUGCUUCCGACCGGUCCCAUAUGAAGGAUGCCAGCGGGAACUGGCUACAGCUGCCUCCCCCCUACCCGUGCAUUGAAACUGCAGAUUUCAAGAUGAACCUGGACAAUUUCGUCAGUAUGAAUCCAGCUGUCGGAUGGGGCUCCGUAUUGCCGCUUCCUGAAUUUGUACAGGGGUUCGGCAAUCAGAGCUGAUUGGAGCUCACGAUGAAGGACAGUGAAAUAAUUCCCGUUGGAUCACUGCUUUGACGACGCGUGCCAGUCUAUUUAUUGAUUUAAAGUUGUUUGAGCUUUGAAUGUUAUUAUUUAUGGCAUUUUUGGAAGUAAGAAUAAUGUGUUAAACUAAAUGCAGUGUUUUAAAUUUUUUUUGAAAUCUGACACAAGAAGUUUUUAAGACAUAUUUUCAGUUUUAUAAUUAUUUUAAAAGUCUUUUAUUGGGAUUAACAUAACGCAAAAUGUU